AUGGCAGAGAAAUUGGUACCGGAGAAACGCCAUAGCUUCGUCCACAACGAUCAGAAGGUGUUCGAGUGGGACCAGACUUUGGACGAGGUGAACUUGUUCAUAAACCUUCCGCCCGACGUUCAUCCGAAACGAUUCUAUUGUAAGAUACAGUCGAAGCACGUCGAGCAUAAAGGGCAACCGUUCGUAACGUUCGUUGAUGUGUUGGAAUUACUGGGUUUGAUGUCUCAUCACGAGCUUACGUGUCCGGUGAAGACGGACUCUUCUUUCUGGACCCUAGGUUUUGACUUCUCACAAGCUCAGUUUUCUGGGGCCUGACCUGAUCCAAGGACCUUCAUGGGUGGAAUACGCACUGGUUAACAAUCUUGGUAUGAUGCAUUGAUUGCUUGGAUUAGUGUGCUUGAGAUAAAUAAAAUGGUUCCAUGUGCUUAUUUCCCACGUGCAAACCUCUGUAACAAGUGAAUUAACAUCACCGGAAUUUCUAA